CCAUUUUGGGAGUAUCAAAUGCAAUGAUAGCAAUCAAGGUAUGGGUUAUGUGUAAAAAUAUAGCGGAGAUUAUCCCCAAAAAGGUAUGGAUUAUGGGGUAUGGGAGAGUUAUGGGUUAUGUAUGGCAUUUCCCUGCAAACGAGGUCGGUAACCGAGAAAAUGUAUGGAGUAUAAGGGAGUAUGGGUUUAUAGGGGUAUGGGUUAAGAGGGAGUCGACUGUACUACCAGGGACUUGACUUGGCUUUGCUUUAUAAGACUCUGGCCCUGGGUUGGAUCAUUA